AUGCCUCUCCUGAGUUCUCAUAACCAGCUGAUAAAGCAUUCUAUGGUUGGCAAUCUACCGUCGAGCACACAAGUAUGGCUUGAGGCAAAGUUGCCUGCGCUGCUGUCUCCUUCUGGCAAGCGACCAAGAUUUCGCAGACAAUUCCCGCCAUCGUUCGAAAUGUAUCAGAUGCUACUGAACCGAGUCGAAGAUAACCCCAAGGUAAUCCCGAAGCUAACGGAACAGCAGGCAUUGGGGCUCGUCUCCUGUCCAGUUUGUGCUGGUCGGGCCGCUCGGGAAAACAAGAAUACGAGCGGCUAUAAUGUCAUCAAUCCAUUGCUUGUUGUUUGCCCUGAAGGUAACAUCCAAGAUCGCUUCCAUUUCGAGACCGAUAAAAACUACUUCUCUCGGGCUACUCUGUCCAAAUCAGUCAAACCGGAAGAAGCAAAUCAACCCUCAACUCCAGCCGUUCAGGCUUGA